AUGAAGGAUAAUGGUGGUGCAAACGUAUGGGACCCAGUUAAGUUCACAUGCGAAAAAUUUGAAUGCAAGAGAAUAGAAAGCAGACUUGCAGUCUAUAUGUUGGACCCAGAUAUUUCAAAUGCUUUAGCUGCCAAAUAUAUUGCAGUUCCACUUAUGUUCCCUAUACACCAAAUAUCUGUCAAAGACUUUGCAGGUGAAGUUGGAAACCAAAGUGCUGACCCAGGUGCAAGAACAGAUAUUGCCUUAACAACUGCAAUGAAACAUGCAGAUACUAU